AUGGUGGACACUGCCUCGAAGCAUCGAGCUGAGUUUGCCUUUGCUCAGCUUGAGAACGAGAGAUCUCUGACAUCUCUUCGUGACGAGCUAAGGGUAGCUCGUGGGAUUGCUGAUCGGUCUCGGGCUGAGAUAACUGCUCUUCAGACCCUUGUUGAUGCCCACCAUCGGGAGCACAAGGCUCUCUGCGAGAUGCUUGAGCGCAAGGGCGUUCUUCAUCGGAAGAAGCAGCGUACUGAUGGUACGGCUUAA